AUGAAGUUCCCACGUUAUUUCCUGUCACUAUGCGUACUCGCCUUUUUCGUGGUUGUUGUCAGUGCCGAGGUGGAGAUCGAAGAGCCCGAAGUAGACGAGGUGGAAGCACGCAACCCGCUUCUCGCAGCCGCUAUUAUCAUCAUAAAAAAAGCGGUCAAGUGGGCUGCAAAGCGUUGCGUCGAGGAAGCCGCCAAUAACUGUAAGCAACAUUGGAAGAAUCCCAAGGCACUCGUCAGUUGCGCCAAAAAAUUCCUGAAGGCUAACAAGGGACGUUGCGUUGUUGGUUGA